AUGCCUCCCAAGAACACAACCAGCAGGAAGCCUCGGUCCGGAAGAGGGUUAGAUGUUGAGUUACACCCAGCUUUGGCAUCUAGUAAUGCUAAUAUCAUCAAAGCACAACAGAAGCAAGUGAAUCCCUACUUGUCAGAUAUUGGACAACAGAAUGGUAAAGUGUUUAAGAAAUACAAGGAUGGUCUCCGAUUUUAUAAGAAAGGUGAGAUUAGUGCCCAAUUACAUAAGGAAAGAGAGGAAUUGGCAAGGAGAUUGAAGGAAGAAGAACUAAGAGCUGCAGCAGAGAAGGCUCAUCGUGUAUCCUUGGCAGAGCAAAAACGGGAAAGAAUUGCUAAUGCUGAGAUUCCUGAUGAUAGCAUUGGCGAGGAGUUAUAUAUGCAAAGGUUCAAAGAUAUCCCAAACUAUGAAUGGUGGGAUGAGAGCUACUUGGAUAAGUCUGGCAACAUUCUUCCUAAAUACACUACUGAAUACCCAGAAGAUAUGGACUCAGAUUACGACUCUGAUGAUAUGAAUUCUGGCGUAGAAUGUAUGAAGUCUCAGACGGAAGAAACGGGCCCACCUUCAAUAAGAUAUGUGCAACACCCAGUCCCAAUAAAAAUACCGGAAGAAAUAACUGCUCCCAAGAUGUACCUAACAAAACUAGAACACAAAAAAGCUAGAAGAAGGAAUCGGAAGCUUCAAAGAGAGGAGAAAAUGGCUAAGGUCCAAUUGGGUCUUGAACCUAAGCCAGAAACCAAAGUCAAAUUGAGUAAUAUGAUGAAUGUACUUGAUAAUAACAAAAAUAUAAGUGAUCCAACUGCGUGGGAAAAUAUGGUAAAAGAUCAAAUCGAAGAGAGAAGACAACGACAUAUACAAGAGAAUGAAAAACGACACGAAGAAGCAGUUCUGCGGAAGAAAUCAAAGGUUAGCGACCAAAUCGAAGGUUCAGAAGAUCUUUUUUGUAAGGCCUUCUAUUUCCAAAGCUUACAAAAUCCAAAAAUAAGAUACAAACUGAAAAUGAAUAGUCAGCAGUUGAAUUUAAAGGGAUUCUGUUUAAGGGUAGGUGAAGGUGGCCCUGGAAUUAUUGUUGUGAUUGGUAAGGAAAAAUCAUGUAACUUUUAUAAGAAGCUUGUAUGCACAAGAAUAAAAUGGAAUGAAAAUUUUAAGAUAAAGGAUGCCACUAACAAUGGAGAAUUAAUAGAUAUGACCGGAAAUUAUGCUGUUGAAAUAUGGGAUGGUUUGCUAAAAGAAACGAAACUUCGCAAUUGGUUUAUGAAAAUAUGCCAAACUGAAGAUGAGAUGAAGAAUAUUCUUCAGCAGAAUGAUGCAUUAAGUUUUUUCAACCUAUUUAUAGAAAACAAAGCAGAAAACACAAAUUUAUCACAGCAGUAG